AUUCCUGAAAAAGAGAAGUGUGCCUAUAUAGUUGUAAAUCUUCGAAUAUAUUUUAAAAUGCCACUGCUUUCGAAGAAAACUUUUGCGAAACCCACGAAAAGACCCGCUAAAGCGUUUAAGCAACCAGUACUAACGCACAAAAAUAUCGAGAAAAUUCUGGGCGAAGAUACUGAAAAACCCAGGCGACAUUCCAGUAAUGCAUCAUCCAAAGCCUCAUUUAAGGACAACAAUGUCGAGCUGGGAAGUAAUUCUUCGAAAAAAUGUUUGAGCGAGUCCCUAUCUUUUGAGGAAUCCCAGCCUGAGUACAAAUCUGAAGAUUUAUCGUACCGAAUGAACGAACCAGCUGUGAAAGAUGCCUACUUGAAGUUCGUUAAAAGUUUCAGUCAAUCGAACAAAGGUGAUUCGAUUUGUUCGACUCCAGCAACAAAGGCGGACAGCAUCUUAUCUAAAUCCUUGGAGGAUCUGUUUAAAUCUUUACCUGCCGACGAAGCUGAAGCUUCUGGAACCAGUAAACAGAAGAUUCUUGAUUCAAGUGAAUCCCUUUCGCAAGAGGUUCUAAAUCGUAAAGAGGUGAAAGACGCGUAUUUGAAAUGUAUGGAUCAGUUCAUGGGAGAAGAAAAGUUCGAUUUCAUGAAGAACUUCAAGCCAGCGAAAAAAAGAGCGAAAUCGUUCAAAAAUUCGCCUGAAAAAAUCAAGAUUCCCAAACAGACGAGCAAUUCCUCAAAAAUCUCCAAAGACAAGAACAUCACAAACUCCAAGAAGGUCAAUAAUGAGGCCGGUAAGAAAAGAAAGCUGCCAGAAGAUGGAGCACUUGCGAAAACUGAUCGCAAUAAAGAAAAAACAGGGAGGAACUCUAAAGAAAAGAAAACCAAGCAGGAAAAUAUUUCACUUUACGAUAAAAUGAUAUUAAUUCAAGAGUCCCGAAACGUAGGACUUUAUGCCAUAUGUGAUAUUUGCGAUAAAGCACGGUACCUGCCUGACGUUACAGAUCCUCUUGAUUUACCCGACAAGUGGUACUGCUCAAUGAACCCGGACGAAAAGCAUAACAAUUGUAAUUCGCCCGAAGAGGUAUAUGAAGAGGAGGAAUACUUGGUUGAGAAGUUGUAUAAUGCUGGCAGUAUUGUUUGGGCAAAAAUUGGUAGCUAUCCUUGGUGGCCAGCUAUGGUCGAAGACGACCCAGACUUCGAAACUUAUUUUUGGUUGGAGAAGGAUAUUCUGCUACCGACUUGGUACCACGUCACUUUUUUCGAUACCACUGAAGUCACUAGAGCCUGGCUCCGCCCGUCUUGUAUAAAACCCUUCAAAAUCAACAUGAACAAUUCGGAGUUUCAAACACCAAAAUUUGACAAACAUAAGUCUAGAAUCGAAGAGAGUUUCAAACAAGCUGUCGAAGCCACAGAAUUACCUCUAAUAGAGAGGUUGAGAAAAUAUAGUUUCAUUCAGAGAUAUCCUAAACUAUCUUCUUCUACGAAGACGGUAGUAAACAAAAAACAAUCUCAAUCGAGACGAAUGACCAAGAAGAAUGAGAAUGGAUCAAUAAAAAAGAAACCUAAAACGGUCAGAAGAAUGUUGUCGUCCAAGGAGAAUAGCUUGGUCGAGUGUGAUAAUAUUUCGGAUAUACUGGACACUAUGGAUUUGCAGAAUGAAGAGAAUUUGAACAUGAACAAAAAACAAUCUCAAUUGAGACGAAUGACCAAGAAAAAUGAGAAUGGAUUAUUAAAAAAGAAACCUAAAACGGUCAGAAGAAUUUUGUCGUCUAAGGAGAAUAGCUUGGUCGAGUGUGAUAAUAUUUCGGAUAUACUGGACACUAUGGAUUUGCAGAAUGAAGAGAAUUUGAACAUAAAUUUGUUACAGAGAUCCAUUUCUAACUAUUCGCUUACAUACUAGGUAUGUAAGUUCAAAGUUGUUUUUCUCGUUUAUUUUCAAGUUAUGUGUUUUCUUCAACAUUCAAAAAUUGUUAAUUUUUCAAGUUGUGUUAAUAUUAGGUAUGUAAGUUCAAAAUUGGUUUUUUCCUUGUUCUAAUUAUCGAAUAAAAUGAAAUAAAAGCGUCAAUGUAUA